UCCCACCUCACACAGCGCCCACACUUCUCACCCUUAACCCUAGCCCAGCCCAAUGAAACCCUAAACAAAACCCAUCUCGUCCCACCUCAAAUCUCACACAGCGGCCGCCACGACAGAAGAGGAGAGGAGCAACGAGCAUGCAGAUUGCAGAGAAGGAAGUUCGAGAUCGAGGGAGAGAGGAGAGGCCAGAGCCGGAGAGAGGGAUUGGUGACGGCCGUCUUCUGUCGAUUCUUCCGAGAGCGAGAGACAAAGAGGAGGCGGAUGAGAGAGGUAGUGGCGGCAGCAGGAGACAGACGGAGCGAGCAGAGAUUGGUCGGAGCCGGAGAGAGGUUUAGGCGUCGGAUCUGAAGGCGAAGGGAAGGUAGAAGCCGGGGCGAGAAGGUGAAGGAGAAGAUGAUGACGCUUCUAGUCUCUGGAGGUAGUCGGCGCUCGGCGGUGUGCGAUUGCGAUAGAGGGGAAGAGAAGAGAGAGAAGGAGAGGGGGAAAUCAGGGGAAGAGA